GAGACAGUAGGGACCCCCAGUAAGAGGAGCUGGACAGGAAGGGUGGUAGACCUCAGUGUCAGCACUGCAGGUGAUGCCAGAGGAGUUACUUGUGACUGAGUUGCCAACCGUUGCUGGUUACCGGGUUACAUCGUUUCUAUGGUAACCAUGGAACUUGUCAACAAACCCGAAAAACGGAGACGUUGGAGAUGUAAAAACUGGAAAGUUACUCACAUAGCUCCCCCAAACGGGCACACGUUUCCAGCUGUUGCUUCUGCGACUGUGGUCAAUCUGGAGCCGGACAGACAGGGUCUGUCACCGCUCCACGUGGCCUGCAUGUGCGGUAAACUGGCUACUGUUCAGCCACUGCUGGAGUCCAGGCUGUGCUGUAUCAACAGUAGUGGUCCCCAGGGUCGCCGUCCCAUUCACAUGGUCCUGUCGUCUCGGAGUUCACCCAACACCUCAACCUGUCUCAGAUACCUGCUGGAGAACGGGGCCGACAUCAACGUCACCACAGAUGCAGGGCAGACCCCUCUGCACCUGGCUGCCUCUGAGGGCCUUUUGGACUGCACAGAGAUGCUUGUGCGGGCCGGAGCAGAUGUUUUGGCCCAGGACUGCAUGGGACACACACCUCUGGACUUGGCUCGCUUCUGGUGUCGCAGGAAGGUAGCAAGGUAUCUGAAAAACUGCAUGUGGCAGGCAGAUAAAAAGAAAGAAAUGGAAGAGAGGAAGCUAGUUCAAGCUUUAUACAGUGAUCUUGUGGAUAUGUGCAAACUAAACCGUCUCAAUAAAAAGACACUUAUAGAUGAGAAAAUGGCAGACUGGGCACACAAGAAAAGCUUGCCCCUCCUAAAGGAUUUCUCCCCAAGGGUCUUAGUGAGCCAGUACCAUACCCAGUGCCUCUCAUCAGAUCAGGACAGGUCUACUCUAAAACAUGCCAAGAGCCUGUGUAAGCUCCAGGCAGGACGCCCUCAGGAGGACACGUGCACCUCCACCAAACCACCUCCGGCCUCAGCCUCCAGGCCGUGGACCAUCUACACGGGCCUCCAGCCAGAGAAACCCCCCAGAGAGCCAGACCUCCGGAGCCGCGUCACAUUGUGGAAGGACGGCAGCAGCAGGCAGCCUCAGUACACCACCAAGUGGGACAGUACACCUCGCGCCGCCCCUGACCUGCCUGUGGAUGUCCUUGAGAGGGUGUUGUUUCCCAGAGCCUUCCCUUCCAGGAUCGCCUCCCCUCGACACUUCGAGCCUCAGGACAUUCUGGAGAUCCAGCACCGAGGAUGCCCCCAGGGGAGCAGCACGUCCCCCUGGACAGAGGUGGCCAUGCACCUGGCUGAGGUGCUGGAGCCUGGACACUACUGAGCAUCCCGCUCUGCACUGGAGGAGCUUCAACUAGACCUGAAGGAAUGCAUUAAAAUGCAUCUUUUUCAUUCAUUUUUACAUUCAAAUUAAAACGGAGGUGGAAACAACGUGAAAUGGUUUUUACAUUUAAAAUAUCUUCAUUUUUAUAACAAAUGAGGAGAAAUUUACAUAGAAAUAUAAUUAGAGAAUUUUAUUUUUGGAAAAACAUGUAUAAAUUACUGAUAUAUGUCUGGUAGUGUCAUCAGAAGUACUAACAGGCAUAAAAGCAAAGUGACAAAAUUAAGAAAAUGCCACACACUCCAGAUGCUGCACCUCCAAAAAAAACAGGGGUGAGCGAAAGGUGAGAAAACCUCAGUGAACUGGGUCACCUGUCACAGAUGCAUCUCUGCACUUUCACUGAUCCCCCCCAGGGAUCUGACUCGGGAUCCAGGUGAGGGCUUGUCAACAGCAUGGGUGUGCGCGCGUCAUAACUGCGGGUUGCAGCCUGUCAGCUAAAGGUGUGUGUUUGUGUGUGUGUGUGUGUGCGUUGCAGGGUCACGGUUUUGUCUUUUUCCUUUACUUCAUGAAGCACUUCACACCUCAGUGGGGGUCAAAGUGCACACUAGCCUCAACCAGGUGCACCCGCUGUGACCGAGCCACAUGAGACUUGGAUAACAUGACAGUCUGGUGCACGCGCACGCACACACACAGACACAUAUAUCCUAGAAGGAGUGUUCAGAUGGCAGAUCUAUUUUUACUGCAAAUAAAAAUUUAACACUGAAUGGAUGAAUUAAUCAGAUUUAAUUGAAAAUGUGGCUCUAACCAAGUCGUUUUACCUUAAUUCUUUUGAACACCAACCUGUGAAAAAAGCAUUUAAUUUGAACAAAAUCUCUUUUAUUGUAUCAUAGAGUCCUGUGCAUACCAGCCUACAAUAAAAAUCACACUCAGUAAUUGAUAAAAGGAAUUUCAGAUCCCACUUAACGACCUCUUUAAUAGUACUUUUAUCAAACCACUUCAGCAGCUUUUGUCUCCCAACACCCUUUAAGCUUACAAAGACUCAUUGCACAGCUUUGAUCAUAAGUGUUUUCAUUUGUCUUUGAUGUCAGGUUUACUCACCGAUCAAUGUACAAAAAAGUGUUACUGUGGAUUCUUAAAAACGGUCUAAAAAAGACGGGCAGGUUGCAGACUACAGCGCUGUUGAUUAAUGAAGGUGUAGACGCAGAUGAGAAAACAAAAAAAAAAAAAACUCACAUAGCUCUUUUUUUUUUUUUAUGUGGCCACAUGCCAAUGACUCGGAAUGAGGAGAGAUCCUCCAGAGCUCACCUUAAUUUGUGGGUGUUUCAAUUGUAAAAAGUAAGAAAGUGCCUUUAUUACCCCACUUUUAUUAGACAGAGUAUUUAUACCAUGUCACACCUUGUAAUCGGAGCAGGAUGUCAGCUGAUAACAACUUAGAGACACGUAGACAUUGCUUUUGCUCAUUUAAAAUAAUCCUAAUAAGCACUUGCAUGGCGACCUGUGGCAUUUUUUUCCUGCAGCUGGUUUGCCACUGAAACACUUUCUAGGGUCGCUUUACACCAAAAAAAAAAAUCCAAGUUUGGACUUCAGGAUUCAGCCGAAAAGGACCUUUUAAUCUGUCUCACUUAUCUCCAAGCCACUGUUUGUCAUCUGAGGAGACUUUAAAAGUUUUUACUCGUCGAUUUUGGUCUCCUGAUGAAGAUGUCAUCUCAAAAUCGAUAAUGAUGUACCUACCAAAGUCCAAAUUUAUAGGUAUUUGGUGGUUGUUAAUUUAAGACACAUACAUACUUUAAUACCAACGUUUAAAAAAAAAAAAAAAUGGAGGAGUCCAACGUGACGAUAAGAAAGCGUUGCGCUACAGACGAGAUCCCCCCCCCCUCAGUAAGGUCUCUAGUAGAUGUUGUUGGCAGUCAGUACAGACAAACA